AUGACGAACAAAUUCUUCCUUCUUACUAUUUUAUUGAAAAUAACUGAUUCCCAGUGGCUUCUUUAACAUAGCUAUGCUUCAAAAGAUACUUUACAAUUUAAUAUGCAAAUAAAAAAUACUAACUGCUAGUACACAGAAUAUUUAACAAAUCAAUAUCAACCUGCUAAUUAUAUUAAUUGCACGUCCUCUCCUAAAAGCUAUAUAACAUUAGAUUAACUAAAUCGAACAGUUUCAAAUUGUGAUUAUAAAACUUAAACAAUUUAUUGCGAUUAUAUGUGUCUAAUUUCAUUUGAUUUAUAUUAUUAGGGUAUUUGGGCGAAUGAAUAAUUAGAAUUUAAAUUUUAUAAUCACAGCUAUACCUUCGCUCAUACAUCACUUCAUGAAUACAAGUUAAAUACAGGAUUUUGUGACUCGAUAUAAUAUGAAGUUAAAUAAAUAAACAUAACUCAUACGUAAAAGUCAAUGUUAAACUUCACAUUUUCAGCAGCAUUAAGUAAUGGUUAAGUAUCUUUAAAAAAUCUUUUUAUCCUCAAUUAUUAAUAUAAUUGCUAUCCUAAAUGUAGUGAAUGCUCAGGUCCUGAAUAUAAUUAAUGUUAGAAGUGCUUUUAUGGAACUCAACAAAAUAACAUUUGUCCUUCUUGUCCUUUUGGUUAAUACUAUGUAAAAUAUAAAGGCUGCCAAUUUAAAAAAAGUUUCAUUUAGCCUUUAUGCUUCAACGAUUUUUGUAAUGAAAUUUCAUUUUCCAUAUAAUAUUAUACUAAUUUAUCAUAUUAUCCAGAGCGAAUUUUAUGGUCCAUAAUUUAUGAUCAUCAAAAUUAGAAUGUUCACCCUUCAGUAUUAUGGUGGAAUUAAUUUUUUUAUGGAAUAUUUAAAAUGGCUUUAGGAAUAUCAAGAUAUUUUGAUAAAAUUAAAUCAAAUGUUGGGUAUUCCCUUGGAUUUUUGAUAAAAGUAAUUUUUUUUAAUGAUUUAAAACCUGAUAGUGGAAUUCAUUUUUAGUUCAAUAAAACUUAUUAUGCAUCAAUAUAUAAUACAAGCGAAGGAAUUAAAUUGCAUAAUUUUACUUCUAUCUAAUGUAUUCUUUAAUCUGCUUAUCAUGAGUAUACUUCCAAUUAGUUAUGUGUAAUUUAUGGCUACUUUGAUAUUCCUUAGUAUCCAUUUUUAUUUUCAGCAAUCGGAAAUCUGACGGAUCCUUAAUCUGGUUGGGGCAUGGUUGGUGUCGAAAUAACAGCAGAUUAUUGCACUGAUAACUGUUUAGCCUGUGAUAUAUCACAAAAAUGUACAACUUGUGUGAGCCCUUACUUUUUGUAUCGAAAUGGUACUUGUAUCAAGGAAUGCAAUGAUUUGUAUCAAUAAAAUAAUGGAACAUAUUGUAAGGAUUUCGAUGAUGAAACACCAUAUUCUGAAUUAAUAAUAAGAGAAAACAUAAAUUACACUUAUUAGUACGACUCCUCAUACAAACUUAUCAAAUAAACUGGAGAUAAUUUCUUGAAAGGAGAAGAUUUAUAUUAUUCAUAUUGGAAUGGAUUUCUUAUUUUUGGAGGCUCUUUUAUAUGGGCUUAAGCAUAAUUUGAAAGAAUUCAUUCAAUUGAUAGACCACAUCAUAGUAUUUCAAUAGCAUUUCACAUUUUGUAUGGAUCUGAAUUUCCAGAUAAUAGUGAAUUUAUAUUUACAAUAGAUUAAAAUAGUCCAAAUAUUAAGAAGAGGAUAAAUGCAAAACAAAAUAGCGAUGGAACCUAUUUUGAUUUGGUUUCAUAAAGCAUAACACAUUAAUCUAGUACUAUUAAUAUUACUUUUGAAUGUAAGGGUUUAAACGAACCCAUAAAAGCAUUUUGUGGCUUGUAUAACUUCUACUUAGCAGUUCAUUAUUGUAAACCUUAUUGCAAAAAAUGUAUAGAUUAAAAAGAUUGUUAAGAAUGGAAUGGAACAUAUAAUUUAACUUAAAUUUAAUUUUCUUAAUAAGAUUGUAGUACGAAUUAAUAUUUUGAUGUUCAUCAAUCCUUAUGUUUAAAUUGCACUUCUUCAUGUCUAACUUGUAAAUCAGCUAUUGUUUGCUUAUCAUGCAAAAGUAGGUAUUAAUUAACAAACUUUGGAUGUUUUUGUGCUAAAAAUUAAUAUGAAGAAACUGAUGAAUGUAAAACUUGUCCACCCUAGUGCAAUUAAUGUUUAAGUGACACCUUUUGUAUCGAAUGUAUCGAUAGGACUAAAAUGAGCCUAAUAAAUGGGUAAUGUAAUUGCAUUAAUGGCUACACUUUGAAUGCAGCCAGUAAUUUAUGUGAAAAUAAUACCCUUACCCUUUAAUGCGGCUUAUAAUGUUAGAAUUGUAUUUCUGGAAAGUGUUUUGAAUGUAGUGAAAAUUGGUAUGUAGAUCCUAUCGAGUAUAUUUGUAAAUAAAAAUGUGGGGAUUUUGUUAAAUUAGAGUCUGAGAAGUGUGAAAGCAGUUUUGUAUUGCCUUAUAGAGGAUGUAUUAAUUGUGAACCAAAUUGUCAAUCAUCAUGUUUCAAUUGUGGUACAGGUGAAAAAGGUUGUUUAGAAUGUGUGAAAGGUUAUUCAUUAAUCGACAAUUUAUGUUAUUCUAUCUGUGGCGACUAGAUUUUAACGGAAGAAGAAUAAUGUGAUGAUGGAAACCUAAUAUAUGGUGAUGGGUGUCAUUUUUGUCAAUACAGUUGUUCAGAUUCAUGUUAAAAUUGUAUUGAUGGAAUAUGUUUUAAUUAUAAAUUAGAUCAUCCAUUAACAAAAAUCCAAUGUGAUCCAGUAUUAGGAAAAGAAAUGUUUAAUAAUUCAUCAUUAUGUUAUUUAAUAGACAAUUUAUACCUAUUGAGUGAGAUCUAUAAUUCCAAUUUUGGUUGUGAUUUAAAUUGCCAAAAUUGUUUUUUUUAAAUCUGCUACAGAUGUGACCAUGACUAUAUACUUUCAGUAGAUUCUAGGAAAUGUAUUUAAAAAACUUCGCUUUUUGAUUAUAAUUAAGAACAUAGUUUAAUAAAAAUUGGUAAUGUGUGCUUAAAAUGUGCUGAUUAUGCUUAUUUUGAUGUGCUUGAAUAAAUUUGUAAACCGAAUCUAUCCAAUAUUAAAAAGUGUCAAAUUUAGAUGUUAUUAUCACCAGAUCAAUUUUGCAACUAAUGCUUCAAAAAUUGUUUGAAAUGUUCCUACCAUAGUUGUAUUUUAUGCAUGGAAGGAUAUCAUACUGAUUAUUAAUCUAAUUGUAUCUCUGAUUGUGAAGAUGGGAUUCAGACAAUUAACGAAAAAUGCGAAAUUAAUGAACAAACCUGUUUGAGUUGUGAAUUCUAAAUAUCAAAAUAUUGCUAAUAUUAACCUUUAGAAUUAUGUUUAUAGUGCAAACAUGGAUAUUAUUAUAAUCUUCUAAUCUAAGACUGUGAAUCUAUUUGUGGAGAUGGAAUUAUAGCAGAAGACGAAGAUUGUGAAAUAUAACACUAAUAUAUGAGAAACGGAUGCCAAUAAUGUAAAUAUACCUUUGAUAAUGGUUGUAAAGAAUACAAAGAUGGGCUUUGUAAUUUAUGCAUUGAAGGUUAUAUAUUAAUUAAUAGUUCAUGUUACAUUUAUGGGUUUGAUAUUUCAAACAAUUUAUAGUAUUAUGACUUUGUUAGAGAGAGUAAUUAUGAAUUAGAACAGUAUUGCGCUUCUAGAAAUAGUAAUUAUUUGGCUUUUGCAUUUAACUAAUGUUUACCGAUUUGUGGAGAUGGUAUAAUAACUCAUGACGAAGAAUGUGAAGAUGAGUAUUCACAAUAAUCAUAUGGAUGCUUUAAUUGUAGAUAUUCAUGUCCUAUUAAUUGUUUAUAAUGCGAAUUUGGUUAAUGUAAUAAAUGUAUUGAUGGCUUCUAAAUAUUAGAAAAUAUAUGUUAUCCUAAAUGUAGAGAUUAACUUAUUAAAUAUGAAAAGUAAUGUGACGAUGGAAAUAUGAUACCAUUUGAUGGAUGUUAUAAAUGCUAAAAUAGUUGUCAAAUAGAGUGUCUAAUCUGUUUACAAGCCAAAUGUGUUUAAUGUAUUUCAGGAUGGAAUCUAAUUGAUGGAAAAUGCUACUAGAAAUGUGGUGAUGGCAAAUUAGCAAUAAUAUCUGAGGAAUAAUGUGACAAUCCAUUAGAUUUAAAUUGUAAAAAUUGUAAAUUAAAUUAAUGUAUGCCAUAUUGCGAUUUUUGUGAUAACCUAUAAUAAUGCUAAGCUUGCUAAGUCUCUUUCUAACUGGUUAAUAAUAGUUGCAUAACUAUAUGUGGUGAUGGUAUUAUAACUUUGGGGUAUGAGUAAUGUGAUGAUGGAAAUGAAAUUGAGUUUGAUGGAUGCCAUAAUUGUGAAUUUUCAUGUUCGAUAGGAUGCAUGAUUUGCUAAGAAAAUAAUGUUUGCUUAAAAUGUAAUGAAGAGGAGUCUUUUACUUUGGAUCACAAAACUAAAAAAUGUGUAUUUUUUUAAAUUUAAGAAAAUGAAGUUCCUAAUAAUAAUAGUGAAGUUACAAAUGAGGAAGAAGAAGAUAUUAAAAUUAUUUAAAAUGAAGAAUUUGCACAUGAGGAGGAUGAUUAAAUUCCAUAAGGUGAUGAUGAUUAAUUAUCAGUUUAGAAUUGUGGGAAUGGUAAAUUGUAAUAUAGCUUAGAAGAAGAAUGUGACGAUGGAAAUACACUUGGAUCAGAUGGAUGUUCUCAAUUUUGUACUAUUGAGUCUUCAUUUAAGUGUAAGAAUUUUGAAAAUGAAAAGAGUGAAUGCUCAUUUAUACAAGCUCCUGAAUUUUACUUAAAUUUCAUAUCAACUACUUUGAAUUCAAUUCAAAUUGUAGAUCUAACUUUUUCUUAAGAGAUUCGAUUACAACAAUAGAGUAUGAUUGAAGAUUUAGCCGAUUUUUCAAUUGAACCUUCUUCUAAAUGUUAAAUAACAGUUAUUCCUCUAAUUAAUUUCACAACUGAAUUAAAUAUGUCGCAUUAUCAAUUUUCUAUAUAAUUCUAUUAAAGCAUAAACCGCCCUCUAUUUAAACUAAAAUUUAAAUAAAAUUCAUUAGUCAACUUAGAUAAUAUUCCUCUCGUGAGCUUAGAAAAAAGUAUUUUUAUUGGGAAUUCUUUUGUUUUAUCAGAGUAAACGAAAAAAAAACUAAGUUAGAUCAUUUUACUGAAUGAUAUAGUUAUGUACACUUUGAUAAGCAUUUCAGUGCUAGCGUUGCUAAUAGGGAAUCCAAUAAUGUUUUUGAAUCUCUUAAAUCUACUUUAAUCUUUUUCUUAUCUUAGAUAUGUAUAAUAUCAAUUUCCUCCUCAUUUUUCAUAAUUUCUUGAAACAUACUCUAAGAUAUCUUUACAAAUAUUUUUAGACUACUUAUAAAUUGAUUAAAUAUUAACUUAACUAAAUGGAGGAUAACUUCCUUCUUCAAACAAAUCAGCUUCAUAAACAAAUCAAACGGAAUAGCAAAACUAAGUAUUUUUAAUUAAUGCUAAAAGCUGUUAUAUUUCAUUCUUCACUUCAUAUCUUACCUACAUAAUAUAUAAAAUAAUAACAUCAAAAUAGAUAGAUAAUUAUCUCAAAAAGGUUUUGGAAUUAAAAUUUGAAAACAUCAAAUAUUUACAAAUAAUAAGGUUAUUCUAAAAAAAAAUUCAAUAGCAUUGUGUCAAAUUGAAACAUUAGUUUUUCUCUAAAGAUAUUUUUCAAGUUUAUCUUACAAUACUUCAUUAAUUAUUAUUUAGUGCAUUUAUGCAAUUUCCAAACUAUAGUUUUCAAUCAUUUUUUGAAGCAUUUAAUUCACUCAAUUCUUUAUUGGCUUUGGGAUUAAUAAUGGUGGUUAAUUUUAAAUCGCUUGAUAUAACAUCAUAAAAAAUAAAAAAUAAAAGAAAAUGGAAGUAUUUUUUUGAGGAAUCAAAAUCAGAAUUUUGGGCUGCAAAUUUCAAAUCAUUUUCAAUCUAUAGAAUUAACGCCUAUAUUUUUGUAGUCGUAUUUUUGAUCAAUUGGCCUGAAGUCUAAUCUAUUUUUCUCUCUAUUCAAUCAUUAGUCUACUUGAUAUAUCUAUGUACAGUAAAGCCAUUAAUAUCAAAUAAUGAAUAUAUUAAAUUAAUAUUUAGAGAGUUUCUCUUUCUAUCAACAGUUGGCUCAUUUUUAACCUAUAGUUUUAAUUAAGAUGAAGAACAGCUUUUAACGUGGGGUUGGAUCCAUAUUUCAAUGCUCACAACUAUAUUAGGGACAAGUUUAUUUGUAGAUAUGAUUGAAUUCAUUGGUAAGCUUCAUUCAAAUUAUCUGAAAUAGAAAAUAAAGAAGGAGAUAUUAUAAGAGAAAAAUACUUUAAGUUCUCCAUUGUAGCUUAUUGAUCGUUAAAAUAUGUAGAAUCUUAACAAAGCAUUGUCAGAUGUUGAAUUUAAUCUGGAUUAGAUUAAUUAAUAAAUUUGAGCAAUUUCAAAUUUGAUUUAUUUUCACUGUUUUAUAAUUAUAUGAAAAAUUAAUCAACAUAAAAAAUAAGUAUUGAUUUUGA